CACUGAAUCUCCCCUCUUCUUCCUCAGAAUCAAACCUUGUACAUGACCCAAGAAAUUAAUCAAACCCUCCGGGCAGAUAUGAAGGAAGUACACGAGCCUGCAGUCAAGUACAGAGGUGUACGCAAGCGAAAAUGGGGUAAGUGGGUGUGCGAAAUCCGGGAACCUGGAAAGAAAACCCGGAUAUGGCUAGGAAGCUACGAGGCCCCCGAAAUGGCCGCCGCCGCCUACGAUGCGGCGGCAUUGCACCUCAGAGGACCAGGGGUCCUGCUUAACUUUCCUGAAAUGGUUGAUAGUCUUCCGAGGCCAGCGAGUUCGAGUCCCUCGGACGUGCAGUUGGCGGCUCAAGAGGCGGCAAUGAGGUUUAGGAGACUGCCAAUGGGGUCGGUUUCGACGGAGGUGGCUGGUGGCUCGAGUGGUGGCGCGGCGCCGGUGACGGUGGGACUGUCGCCGAGUCAAAUUCAGGCGAUUAAUGAGUCGCCAUUAGACUCGCCUAAGAUGUGGAUGCAGUACAUGUACAUGUCUCAUCGUGAUGAGGCUUUGUUUUUUGGGGAGGACAUGCCAUCGUCUAUGGGUUUCUAUGAUGAUCAUGAUGAUGGUUUGCAGCAUCAGUCCAUUUGGGACUCCUAGUUUAGUACUUUUCACAUAUAAAUGAUAAUGUAGUAACUAGCCAAUUAACUAGCUACAAUAUAUAUAUAUUCAACAGAUUCAUUCAAAACAUAGACAAAAUAAUGUUAAUCUAUGUUUUAGUUGUAUACUACUCGAUCAAUUGAUGGUAGUUUCUAGGAUUUCCAAUUCGUAAGUGUAAUUUGAUCGAUUCCAAUCCAAGAAUUUAUGAGAGGUUAAUUUGCAGCUUCCCAUCAUGAUCGAGUUGGUGAAAACUAGACACAGAUGGUGUUUGGAA